UCAGAAGGCUUGAAGUUGGAGAGAAAUAAACAAGGAACUGUCAACCACCCUCUUGGUGUUUUUGGUUGAGAGAAUCUACCCAGUUUCUGAGUGAAUGGAAAAAAAGUUGAACACAGGCAUCUUGUAGAGAUAGUUGAUCACAGCCUGAGUCAAACGCUGCUCUGCUACUUUUUUUUCUCCCCCCUUCUUCUUUAAAUCCACACAGCCAUGGAGAGAGGAUUACAUCGCCGGACAUCAGAUUGGAGAAGGAACAGCGUGUUUUGGUUUCUCUCUGUUGUGUUUUCCAUAGCUCCAGGCACAGGUGAGAUGUCCCACUCCCACUCCACGCUGGGUGUCUCUGCCCCCCACUUGUAUUACACCUGUCCCGAGGGUGCAACCGCCAAACUGGUGUGUGCCCAGAAAGGUGCCACUCAGUACCCCAGUGAUGUUGUGAGGCGCAGCUGGCUCUUCACGUCCCACAGCGACCAGCACUGCUCGGGACAUUUGGGCCCACGCCAUAUUCCAGUCAGUCACAUACAUGGCAACCACACCUUGCCGCCAGGAUUGCAGUUCGGACACGCUGAGCAGAACUUGUGGGUGGUGCUACAGAACGUGACCCACGCCGACCAGGGUCGCUACUGCUGCAUGGUCCUCGACUUUAAGGUGGAGCAUAACCAUGGCUCGCUGGUGCAGAAAGCCCACAGCCACGUUGUUCUCCAAGUUACACCACGGAGAAACGGACCUCUGGAUUGCACCGUCUGGGAUCCCACACCAGCUGGAGGCACCGUGCCAGUGGUCUUGGCCAUAGCUGCCUGCAUCUUGGCUCUGCUCUCUCUGCCUCUUAUUCUAGUGCUUGUGUACAAACAGAGGCAGAGCGCCCAGUCAAGCAGACGUGCACAAGAGCUGGUGAGGAUGGACAGUGAGGCUCAGGGACAUGAGAACCCGGUGUUUCUCGGGGGAUCGCCACAGAUAAAGACCCGCACUGUUUCUCAGAUCAUGACCCGACAGUCCUCUGAGACGGGUCGACACCUGUUGUCUGAGCCAGGAACACCUCUUUCUCCUCCCACACACGGGGACGUUUUCUUCCCAAUAGAAGACACCAUCCCUGAGUCUCCAGACUUCCUGCAGGUUUAAAGAGGAGUGAAACGUCAUCUGUCAUUCUUACUGCUGAUCUGGAAACAGUCCUGCACCUCUCUUCCUUUUUUCUCUGUGUCCAGAGCAAAGUUGUCAUUAUGAGCUGUCUCACAAUAACUUCUGCAGGCAGUGUCGUCUGUACACUGUCUGGACUGCAGGAGGGAAAAGGAUUGCAUUUUUGAUUAAAAAAAAACAAAAAACAAAAAACAAAAAAACCCUAUUUCCACCUGAAACAACAGCUGGAGGCCAAAAGCGGACUUUUGCUUACGACUGCUUGCGUUAUGGUCAUGACCCGGGUUGGUGUUUGAUGUUCCAUCCAAACGCUGAAAAUGGCUUGUAGACUAUCAGGUACGCUGGCCUGGUGAGGCCUGCUGCUUAUGAUGAGUCCAGAAUGUUGAGACUGGAGGUCCUGCCUUGUGCAGGGGUGGCAUGUUCACAGUGGUGGACUCUGAGGCUCCUUUCACAUCUUUUAGUGCAGUUUGAACCAACAUUUACUUUUUUGAUUUAGUUCUUUCAGGCUGCUGUGCACAUUGUUAAUCUAAAUAACUUCAGUGCAGGCUUCCUGUAACUAACCAUCACUGGCCUAGUAUGUGGGAGUAAGCAGACUGACCACAGAACUGUGUGAUAGAAAGUACAUUGAUAUGUAUUUGCUUAUUGUGGGAACUGUCAAAGAAGGAAGCUCCCAUAAAAUGAUAAAAGAUUAUUUGGUAACCAUGUUAACAUAAUAUGCUGUACACUUCAGCACAUCCCCAGAACUAAGAAACAACAAUGUAUAUAAAUAUAUUUCAACUGAACCAAAGGUGUGAAAGUGAGCUGAUGCUCCCCUCUCAUCCUUUUCAUUGUAAUUAAAUAAGUCAUACUGAUUUAGUCUUAAUUAUAAGAGAAAAACCAACAUUCUUGCACACGUUGACAGUAAUUUCUUUUUAUGGCAUUACAUUGUUCCUCUUAGCCAUUUCUACUUGGCUUUGACUCCUCUUCCCUCUUUGCUACCUCACUUACUGUCAGCUCUGUGAUUCUAAAUAGUCCUUCCUUUCUGUGCUCUCAGCACUUCCCAGUGGCCUUACAUAUGUUCAUAAAGUGCUGAAAAUUGCAAAAAACAAAACAAAACCCAAAAAUAGAAAAAAAUGUUUCUAUAUUGAUUGUCAUGCUUGUGUACAGUUUAAGAAUUAAGAGUAAGCUGUUAAUCGUUUUCAUCUUGAAUGUAGCCUAACAGAUUCUUAAUAAAAAACAAAACAAAACAAACAACCACAACCAAAUAAAACUUCCAAUAGUUUAAUCACUGCAAUCACAACGCUGUUUUGUGAAUAAUUUCAAUUUUUUUUUCUCGAUUUCACUGUGGUGAUAUGUAUAUUAGUGUUCAUUACUAUGCUUGUGUGUGCAAUGGGACUGAUAAGAAGCAAAUACUAUGUGUGGAGGAAUGGCUAUGAAACGUAAACCAAAGACCGACUGAAUCAAGGUGGAUCAAGAGGAAAACAGAAGUAAAUGCAAACGACUGCAGUGUUGAUGUUACUUAGUCAAAGUGUGAUUUUGUGAAACCACUGGUGGGUUUUUUCAUGUUGAGGUAUAACACGUACAGCAGGUGCUUUGCGGAAGUCAUCUCCAACAUGAUGUGUAGCAGGUAUGUAGGUCAUGGUAUUAAGUAUGCAUGUUUUCUUUGUGUGAAAGAGUUGUUUCAACAUUUGAAAAGUUGUGAUAUUUGUCUUUUCUGGUGUGUGUGUGUGUGUGUGUGUGUGUGUGUGUGUGUGCUUUCAUAUCUAAGGUUAGAAUAACUAGGUGAAUUGUGUGUCUGUGUGCACGUUAACUUGAAUGCAAAUUUUCAUUUUUAAAUUGUAAGAAGCUUCUAUUAGAUAAAGAUACAGUGAAAGCACAUUUGUUCUGUAUAUUGCAUUUAAAAUGUCAUGUUUGCAGCUUGUAUAAUAAAAUGGAUCUCUUAAACCUUA